AUGCAUGGCAAUGUGCAAAUACCGUCAGCAUCAUCAUCAGCAGCAGCAGCAGCAGCAACGAGAGCAGCAACAGUGACAACGACGGCAGCACCAGCACCACCGAAGCGGAUAUACGAGUUUAAUAGCUUUGGCGUUGGUGAUUUUGAUCCUCGGCCCAUAUCCAAGAUUCGGAAACUCACUCCGAGGGAGAUGCCGCAACCCAGGGUGGAUAGUCUACAUACACGAAGUGACACUAGUCCAACGCAGACGAACCAGCACCACGACACCCCCUCGCCAUCCUUGCAACCAUCGGCGAACAAAUCUCCUCUGAACCAGGACCUGGGGCAGGACCUGGACCAAGCAAACAACUUGCACAUCAACACAGAGACAACAAGUCUAAGCACCCCCGAGACCUCAAGCGUAGAAUCGCCGCUUUCAACGCCGAUUAUAGAUAAAUUCCAACACAACCAUAAACUACAGCAUAGAUAUCGCACAUGCAUCCUACGCAAAGGAGCGCGUCAUUUCCUCCGGAAAGUGCUACCGCCAACGGUAUCGAGCUCGGAUCUAGUCGAGUUGAUCUUGACGUUGGGGUACCCCAAGGAAGUCGUGAUGGAUUACCCGCUCUUGUCCACUAGGGAAAUCGGCCAAAUUUUAAUGGAGCUAAUUACACAAGAUGCCGAGUUUGGCGCGGCAGCGCGGACUCGCGUGCACACGGUGAAGUACACCUUGACUGACUUCAUUUCCGAUUUGCGUUCGCGGUCGCGGAUCAUGGUGAUUACGGGCGCGGGCAUCUCAACAUCGUUGGGCCUACCUGAUUUCCGAAGCGACCGCGGCUUGUACUCCCGCUUAGCCAAGCUCGAGCUAUCCGACCCACAAAAAGUAUUCGACUUGGAAACGUUCAAGCUUGACCCCACGAUUUUUUACAGCGUGGCGCACAUGGUGCUCCCGCCCGAAGACAAGCUACUGGUGUUGCACAAGUUUCUCAAGUUGCUAUCGGAUAAGAACAAAUUGCAACGCAUCUACACUCAAAACGUCGACAACUUGGAGAAAAUUGCUGGUAUACCCCUGGACCAAGUCGUGCAAUGCCACGGCUCCUUCGUCAAGGCCACCUGUCUCACAUGCGACGAAGUCAUUGACGGCAGCGAGAUCUUUCGUCACAUAAUGAGGCAGAGCGUGCCGCGUUGCUUCACGUGCUGGGCCAACGUCGAUGAAGCCACGGUGGAUUACGGCGUCAUUAAACCUAACAUUACCUUCUUUGGGGAGGAUUUGCCAAAGCGGUUCUUUGACUUGUGUUUCCUGGACUGCCGCACGUGCGACUUGGCGAUUGUCAUUGGCACUUCGUUGAAAGUUGAGCCCGUGGCGAGUUUGAUUGACCAGAUCCCGCGUGGUGUUAAACGGGUCUUGAUCAAUCGCGAGCCGCUUGAUGAUCGCGGUUUUGAUUUGAGUUUGAUUGGCUAUUGCGAUGACGUGGCGUCGUAUCUUGUGCAGCGGUUGGGCGAGGAGGACUGGCGGUUGAAUCAUAAGGAUGUGUGUAGGUAUGACCGGUUCAAUGUUGUGUCACGGGAUUCUGCAACUUUAGAGAUUACAAAGGAGAAAAACGUAUAG